AACAAAAUGGCGGCGGCGGCGGCGUCGCUUUGUUUCCGCGGCUUCUGCAGUGGUGGCAGUAGUCGCGGCCUUUGAGCUGUGGGCAGCUUCCAGCAGCAGCUAUCGUGACGACUGAGUGCAGUGCAUUUCUGUCGUAGCCGGGCGCCAGGAAGCGCGGAGCGACGCCCUACGGUAGCUGAAGCCCAUAAGGCUUUGAAGCGAAAACAUGACUGCUGAGCCCAUGAGUGAAAGCAAGUUGAAUACAUUGGUGCAGAAACUUCAUGAUUUUCUGGCACAUUCAUCUGAAGAAUCUGAAGAAACAAGUUCUCCUCCAAGACCUAUGAUGAGCCAAAGCACAGAGAAAAUUGUUUCUGGAAAUAACUCUGAUAUGAUGGAAAACAGCAAGGAAGAGGGAUCUAGCUCCUCAGGAAAAUCCAAAACACCAGGAUCAUCACGAUCAAAGAGGAAACCUUCAAUUGUAACAAAGUAUGUAGAAUCAGAUGAUGAAAAACCUUUGGAUGAGACUGUAAAUGAAGAUGCUUCUAAUGACAAUUCAGAAAAUGAUAUUACUAUGCAAAGCUUGCCAAAAGGUACAGUGAUUGUACAACCAGAGCCAGUGCUGAAUGAAGACAAAGAUGAUUUUAAAGGGCCUGAAUUUAGAAGCAGAAGUAAAAUGAAAACUGAAAAUCUCAAAAAACGCGGAGAAGAUGGGCUUCAUGGGAUUGUGAGCUGCACAGCUUGUGGACAACAGGUCAAUCAUUUUCAAAAAGAUUCCAUUUAUAGACAUCCUUCCCUCCAAGUACUUAUUUGUAAGAAUUGCUUUAAAUAUUACAUGAGUGAUGAUAUUAGCCGUGACUCAGAUGGAAUGGAUGAACAAUGUAGAUGGUGUGCAGAAGGUGGAAACCUGAUUUGUUGUGAUUUUUGCCAUAAUGCCUUCUGUAAGAAAUGUAUUCUGCGUAACCUUGGCCGAAAAGAGCUGUCUACCAUAAUGGAUGAAAACAAUCAAUGGUAUUGCUACAUUUGUCACCCGGAGCCUUUGUUGGACUUGGUUACUGCAUGUAACAGCGUAUUUGAAAAUUUAGAACAGUUGUUGCAACAAAAUAAGAAGAAGAUAAAAGUUGACAAUGAAAAGAAUAAUAAAGUAUGUGACCAUACGCCCAGAUUUUCUCCAAAGAAAAAUAGUUCAAAUUGUAAUGGACAAGAAAAGAAAUUAGGUGAUUCAUGUUCUGGUUCUGUAACCUAUUCUUAUUCAGCACUAAUUGUGCCCAAAGAGAUGAUUAAGAAGGCAAAAAAAUUGAUUGAGACCACAGCCAACAUGAACUCUAGUUACGUUAAGUUUUUGAAGCAGUCAACAGAUAAUUUAGAAAUUGAUUCUGCUACAAAGUUACGUCAGCUUAAGGCCUUUAAAUCUGUGUUGGCUGAUAUCAGGAAAGCUCAUCUGGCAUUAGAAGAAAAUUUGAAUACAGAGAUUCGAGGUUUGGAUGCUGUAAACAAAGAGAAAAAUACCAAAGAGCAUAAAGUUAUAGAUGCUAAGUGUGAAACAAAAGCACGAAAAGGAGAAAAACCCUGUGCUUUGGAAAGGAAGGAUAUUUCAAAAUCAGAAGCCAAACUGUCAAAAAAGCAAGUAGACAAUGAGCACAUGGAUCAGAGUACUCCAGUAGCGGAACAAAGAGCAAAUAAAAGUACCAGUGGUGAACAUGAGAAAUCUGAUAAAAAAGAAGAACCUCAGUAUGAACCUGCUAACACUUCUGAAGACUUAGAUAUGGAUAUUGUAUCUGUUCCUUCCUCAGUUCCAGAAGACAUUUUUGAAAAUCUUGAGACUGCUAUGGAAGUUCAGAGUUCAGCUGAUCACCAGGGAGAUGGCAGCAGUAGCACUGAGCAAGAACUAGAGAGUUCUUCUGUAAAAUUAAAUAUUACUUCAAAAGACAACAGAGGAGGUGCUGAUUGUCAGGAAGUUCUACAAGAUAAAGAUGGCUAUAAAAGUUCUGGUCUGAGCCCCAAGCCAGAGAACUGUGGACUUGGACAGGAAAAAAACGAUGAUGCACUUUUGCUUGAAUGUGAAGUUUUAUUACCUUCAGAAGAAUCUGAUCUUCGAAGAUCCCCACGUGUAAAGACUACACCCUUGAGGCGACAGCCAGAAACCAACCCUGCGAUUUCUAAUUCCGAUGAAGAAAUUAGUGAAACAGUUAAGAAUAAACAAAAACUGUCAGGUCCAAUGAGAAAAAAAGAUAAGGAGAAUUCUUCUGACAGUGUUACAGAUAAUCCUAAAACUAAUAAAUUGUCUAAACUUAGGCAGACAGAGAUUAUGGGUCAAAAUUCAGAUUCUGAUGAAAUGCUAACAAUCCUCAAAGAGGUAUCCAGAGUGAAUCAUAGUUCUUCAGAUACUGACAUUAAUGACACUCAUAUAAAUCAUGAGAAGACCUUGUAUGAUUUAAAGUCUCAAACAGGGAAAGAUGAUAAAGGAAAAAGAAAACGAAAAAGUUCUACUUCUGGCUCAGAUUUUGAUAUUAAAAAAGGCAAAUCUUCUAAAAGGUCUAUAAUUUCUAAAAAGAAACGGGAAAAUCAGUCUGAAUCUUCCAAUUAUGACUCAGAAUUAGAAAAAGAGAUAAAGAGCAUGAGUAAAAUUGGAGCUGCUAGAACAUCCAAAAACAGAGUUCCAAAUAAAAAAGAUUAUGAUUCUUCGGAAGAUGAAAAACAUAGUAAAAAAGAAAUGAAUAAUCAAGGGCAGCAAAGUUUGAAGGCUGCACAAGAAGGGUCAUCUGAUGAUGCUGAAAGGAAACAAGAGAGAGAGAGUUUUUCUUCAGCAGAAGGCACAAUUGAUAAUGACAAAACCAUCUUGGAAUUGAAAGGUAGACUCUCUAAGAAGCAGCAGCCAGGUGUUUCCUCUGAUAAGCCUUCUUCUGGGAAAGAGGAGAGUUGUAGUUCUCCAGAGGACAAAAAGGUUGCUGAAACUAAAACAAAGUGUAAGCUCCUGAAAACUAAAACCUGUAAGAAAGUCCAGGGUAGCUUAUCUGAUAUUGCUCAGAAGUUCUCAAAGACAGAGCACAGUGAUGACUCUUCUGAAGAUGAUAAAAAGGUGAGCAAAAAGGGGACUGAAGAAAAAGAAAAGAAAACUACAGACUUGAAGAAAAAAGUAAUUAAGGUGGAACAACAGUAUGAAUCAUCAUCUGAUGGCACUGAGAUAUUACCUGAGGGAGAAGAAAUUUGUCAUUUUUCUGAAGGAAUAAAACAAAAUAAGAAUGACACAACUGAUGGGGAAAGGAAAAGUAAAAAAAUAAAAGGUAAAACUUCUAAAAAGAAGGAUGAAUUAUCUGUUAGUGCUGAGAAGUUAAUAGGGAAAAGAGAUAGUUGUGGUUCUUCAGAAGAAAAAAGGUGUAGGAAUGCAGGAUUCAGAAGAGAUAAGAAAAGGUGCAAUUUGUCUGAAAAGAGAGCAAGGAAGAGACAAGAUUUUUCAUCAUCUGAUACUGAGAAAUAUUCCAUGAAAGAAAGUCAUGAUUCUUCUGAUAAGAAAUUGAAAAGAAUAGAAUUGAGGGAAAGACGAAAUUUAAAUUCAAAGAGAAAUCCCAAGGAAGUACAAAAUGGCUCAUCAUCUUCAGAUGCUGAGGAAAGUUCUGAAGAUAAUAAAAAGUUGAAGAAGCAAAGAACUUCCAUUAAAAAGAAGACAGGCAAUGUCAAGGAGAAAAUGAGAAACUCCCUCAGAACAAGCACUAAAAGGAAGCAAGCUGAAAUUAUUUCCUCAUCUUCUUCUGAUAUAGGAGAUGAUGCUCAGAAUUCUGUAGGCGAGGGCAGCAGUGAUGAGCAGAAAAUUAUGCCUGUGACUGAAAAUUUAGUCCUGUCUUCACAUGCUGGAUUUUGUCAAUCUUCAGGAGAUGAAGACUUAUCUAAAUCAGUGCCUGUCACAGUGGAUGAUGAUGAUGAUGACAAUGAUCCUGAGAAUAGAAUUGCCAAGAAGAUGCUUUUAGAAGAAAUUAAAGCCAAUCUUUCCUCUGAGGAGGAUGGAUCUUCAGAUGAUGAACCAGAAGAAGGGAAAAAAAGAACUGGAAAACAAAAUGAAGUAAAUCCAGGAGAUGAGGAAGCAAAAAAUCAAGUCAAUUCUGAAUCAGAUUCAGAUUCUGAAGAAUCUAAGAAGCCAAGAUAUAGACAUAGGCUUUUGAGGCACAAACUGACUGUGAGUGAUGGAGACUCUGGAGAAGAAAAAAAGAUGAAGCCUAAAGAGCACAAAGAAGCCAAAGGCAGGAAUAGAAGGAAGGUGAGCAGUGAAGAUUCUGAAGAUUCGGAUUUUCAGGAAUCAGGAGUUAGUGAAGAACUUAGUGAAUCUGAAGAUGAACAACGGCCCAGAACAAGGUCUGCAAAGAAAGCAGAGUUGGAAGAAAAUCAGCGGAGUUAUAAACAAAAAAAGAAAAGGCGACGCAUUAAGGUUCAAGAAGAUUCAUCCAGUGAAAACAAGAGUAAUUCUGAAGAAGAUAAAGAAGAUGAUGAAGAGGAAGAAGAAGAAGAUGAAAAUGAUGAUUCCAAGUCACCUGGAAAAGGCAGAAAGAAAAUUAGAAAAAUUCUUAAAGAUGAUAAACUACGAACAGAAACACAAAAUGCUCUUAAAGAAGAGGAAGAAAGGCGGAAACGUAUUGCUGAGAGGGAGCGGGAACGAGAGAAAUUGAGAGAG